UAUGUGAUGGCGAGUCCAGACCAGGGCCAGCUGCUGAAGGGGAUGUUCGUGCCGUACUGCGAGGGCUGCGGGCCGGUUCAGCUGGGUCAGGCCGUGGGCAUCGUGGGAGCCGUCAUCAUGCCUCACAACAUUUACCUCCACUCUGCUCUCGUCAAGUCUCGAGAAGUAGAUCGAUCGAACAAGAAAGAGGUGAAAGAGGCCAACAAGUAUUUCUUCAUCGAGUCGACCAUCGCGCUGUUCGUCUCUUUCCUCAUCAACGUGUUCGUGGUGGCCGUUUUCGCCGAGGCUUUCUACGGACACACGAACCAAGAUGUGUACAGCGUCUGCAAUAAAACAGGAAGUCCUUAUUUAGAGAUUGCAGAUCUGUUUCCUCUCAACAAUGAAACUCUGGAGGUGAACCUUUACAAAGGGGGAGUGGUGCUCGGCUGUUUCUUUGGCCCUGCAGCGCUCUACAUCUGGGCCGUGGGGAUCCUCGCAGCUGGUCAGAGCUCCACCAUGACGGGAACGUACUCCGGCCAGUUUGUCAUGGAGGGUUUCUUGAACCUGCGCUGGUCGCGUUUUGCUCGGGUGUUGUUGACCCGCUCCAUCGCCAUCACUCCCACCCUGCUGGUGGCCAUCUUCCAGGACAUUCAGCACCUGACGGGCAUGAACAACUUCCUCAACGUGCUGCAGAGCAUGCAGUUGCCAUUUGCCCUCAUUCCCAUCCUCACUUUCACCAGUUUGCCGUCUCUCAUGAAUGAGUUUGCCAACGGAUUAGUCUUUAAGAUCGGAGGAGGCAUCGUGAUCUUGAUCGUGUGUGCCAUCAACAUGUACUUCGUCGUGGUCUAUGUGACCGACCUCAACAGUGUGUGGCUGUAUGUGCUGGCGGCGCUCCUCUGCAUAGCAUACCUGACAUUUGUGGGAUAUUUG